ACUGAAUUAAUUGAACAGAGGGCCUGUCGCAAGACAACAACCGACGGCACCCGCAGCUUCCCCUUUUUCAACUCUUUGUUUCGAUUUUACAACGCCCAUUCAAGCACGAGAGCGUUCCUAGCAGAGCAUCGAAAGCAAGCCAUUUUGGUCUGAUUUAUUUUACUCGACCGGCCGAGUAUAAUGCAAUAGAUGCGCAACCGGACGAACCACCAUAGUUUCAAAACAACAACGACAACGAAACAUAUACGAUGCGGUCAUCACCUCUCUUGCUCCUCGCGAGCUUUCUGAGAGUUGCCAUGGCACACGGCGACCACGGCGGCUACGGGAAAAAGCCCGAGGUGGGACCGGACGCCUCUUGGAUGGACAAGCACAUGGCAGAAGAACACCACGCAGACCACUGGGACGCCGCCUCCUUCUUCACCCUGCACGACUUCAACAGCGACGGCCACCUGGACGAGUCGGAGCUGCUGCGGACCUAUGGCGUGUUUGACGAGUCGAACAAGCACGUCACCAAGCAGCGCAAGGACGAGGUCACCAAGCAGCUGAUGGACAUGCUGGAUACGGACCACGACGGCUUCGUCGCGCACAACGAGUUCUUGGAAUUUAUCCACCAGGGCAAGACGCUGCCCGAUUUGGGCUUGGGGCCGGGCCACCACGGAGAUGACGAGUACGAGUAUGAGAUACAUCACUGGGAGAAGUACCACGACGAGAACACAAAGUUGGAGGACCUCACGCACCCCGAAGAUAUAAAGCACUUUGAGCAUCACGAAAAGAUGGAAUUGGAGCAGGAGAAGAUCGACAAGAUGAUGGCCAGCAGCGAAAUCAUGCUCGAAAACGUCCCAAGCAAGUUCAGGAGGCAAGGGUGAUGAUACGAAGAUUGGAUGAAUAUAAUAUUUAAUGAUCGCACCGAUUUCCCUCAUAUCCGUUGAUUCGCUGCUGUAAGCCAAAUUUGUUCCUGCCUAG